AUGUCGAACAAACAUGACAGCGAAAUAAACGCAACGCUACAGAUUAUAUUUGGGGCUGCUGGUAUUCUUAGUGUGAUUGUUGCCUUACUCGGUCUACAUCAUCAAGACGCUCUUGUAUUUGUGUUGUAUCGCCGACUGAGAUAUAGUCGGGCACAAAUAGCAUACGAGAUGAACGACGACAUCGCAUCCUCUGAUAGUACCAUCAGUAAUCAAGCAAUGCCAGUAUCAAACGACCCA